CCUCACAGCCUUUGUUCAGUGUUCUUUCCUCCUGCCUCAUCCACCACUUCUCCUAAGAGCAAUGGAGAAGAAGGAAAAUAUCGUGAUGUUUCCGUACAUGGCACAAGGCCAUAUCAUCCCCUUCCUGGCUUUAGCUCUUGAAAUAGAGAAGAAAAGAGGCUGCACCAUCACCUUUGUCACCACACCUCUCAACUUGAAGAAACUCCAAUCUUCCAUCCCUUCAAACUCUUCCAUUGUCCUCCUUGAAAUCCCAUUUUGCAGCUCUGAUCAUGGCCUGCCUCCUAAUACAGAUAACACUGAUGUCCUUCCUCAAUCUCUCAUGUCCUGCCUCGAUGAAGCCUCCUUAUCUCUUAAAAGUCCCUUCAGAAACCUCAUCUCCAACCUUGUGCAGCAUGGCCCCCCACCACUCUGCAUCAUUGCCGACAUUUUCUUAGGGUGGACUGCUGAAAUAGCCCAUGAGUUUGGCUUGUUUCAUUCAAUCUUCUGUGUCGGUGGCGGUUUUGGCAUGGCUUGUUACUAUUCCCUUUGGUUGAAUGUUCCUCAUCCUAAGCCCAAUUCCAAUGGCGAGUUCUCCCUCCUGGAUUUUCCAGAAGCUUCUACGAUUCAUGUAACACAGAUGUCGGAGAACCUCAGAGCUGCCGAUGGGACAGAUCCUUAUUCAGUGUUCAAUAAAGAAGCACUUUCAGAAUGGAUGAAUUCUGAUGGGGUUUUGUUCAAUACGAUAGAGGAGCUAGACACACUUGGAUUGGCAUAUUUCAGGAGGAAAAUUGGCAGGCCGGUUUGGCCAGUGGGGCCAGUUCUUCUGUCCGCCGGUGGUGCUGUACAGGAACCUGGAACCAUGGUAGAGUUCUACAAGGAAUGGCUCAACGCAAAGCCUUCAAAUUCGGUUCUUUACAUAGCAUUCGGGUCACAAAACACCCUCUCAGCUUCACAGAUGAUGCAGUUGGCGAUGGCAUUGGAUGUUAGCGGCAAGAGUUUCAUUUGGGUUAUCAGGCCACCACUGGGGGUGGAUGUAGAGUCAGAGUUCAAAGCCAAAGAAUGGUUGCCAGAAGGGUUUGGGCAACGGAUUAAAGAUCAGAACCGAGGAUUGCUGGAGCAGAAAUGGGCACCCCAAGUGGAGAUUCUGUCCCACAGAUCCAUUUCUGCAUUUUUAAGCCAUUGUGGAUGGAACUCGGUGUUUGAAGCUGUCAGCCAUGGCGUGCCUAUCAUGGGUUGGCCAAUGAGCGCUGAGCAGUUUUACAAUGCGAAGUUCUUAGAGGAAGAGAUGGGGGUGUGCGUGGAGGUGGCCAGAGGCCCUAUGUGUGAGGUUAGACAUGAAGAGAUAGUGAAGAAGAUUGAGUUGGUUAUGAAUGCUACUGAGAAGAGGAAGGACAUGAGAAAGAAGGUUAGUGAGGUGAGAGAUAUGAUGAAGGAUGCCAUUAGAGAUGAGGAAGGUUUCAGGGGUUCCUCUGUGAAAGCCAUGGAUGAGUUCUUCAAUGCUGCAUCAUCAACGAGGGAGAAGACAAAACGAGGACCAAACAAAUAUGGACAAAGAAGGUGAAGUAACCUUUGGAAGCUUUCAGGUGUCAGGUUCUGAAGCAAGGACAGCACUUAGUUUGUCAUCUUUAGGCGUUUUAGAGAAUAAUGGGUGUAUUCGCUUCUUUUGCAUGUCUCGACUUUAUAGACAAUUUCAUGCGAACUAUUAAGACACAUCUCUUAUCGAAAGCCCAGAAAACUCAGUAAA